AUGUCGGCUGGUGGGAACGUUCUACAAUCCAUGCCUACGCCCAAUCCAAGUGAUUCUAACCUCAAUAAACGCCCCAAAUCUCGGAAUUUGGCCAAGUCUUUGAAACUGCUGGAUCUGGGCCAAAAGCGACACAAUGGCCGCUCGGAAGCGAAGGCAAAUGGCGAUGUCGACAGCGCGCGAUAUGAUGCGAGGUACAAAAUUGUUCUGCUGGGCGAGUCUGGUGUGGGCAAGACCUCACUGAUUCGAGCAGCUGUUGGUGAACCCUUCAAUCCCACAAUGAUUUCUACAAUCGGUAUCGACUUUGUAUUGCAAACUUAUAAAGUUGACAACUACCUCAUACAGCUACAGAUUUGGGACACAGCUGGUCAGGAGCGCUAUCGGUCGCUAGCCGCAUCUACCUUUAGAGAUGCAAAGGGAUUCGUGAUUGUCUACGACGUCACCAAUCGUGAAUCCUUCACCAAAAUUCGCAAAGAAUGGCUCAAAAUGGCGGAUGUGCAUGGAGACGAACCCAUUCCAGUUUUCUUUGCUGGGAAUAAAGCCGACUUAGUGCGUUUGAAGGAAGUGCCUACAGAGGAUGCAGAACGCCUUACUCAGCAGCAAUAUGCACAUGGGUUCUUCGAGACGAGUGCAUUGACUGGUGCCAACAUUCAAAACCUUUUCCAAUCCGUGGCCACCACAAUGGUAUCGAUAUGGAGCAUACCUCAGUCUCCCUCGGCACAAAACAACGAUCCGCUCCGUAUAACUGAUCAGCUACCAGGGCGCCGGAGUAAACACAAGGAUAAGAAAAAGAAGCCCACGGUUGUUCAGUGCUGUGCAACUUAA